UGCAGGGGUGAUGAAAGCAAAAAAGAGUUGCAGGUGUGUUGAGGUGUGGGCCGGGAUUAUUAAAGAACGGUGGCUAAAAUACAGGCUGAUUUUCAUCAGAGCAGAUGCCGGUGCCCUUCAAAUUAAUCAACUGGCAGGAAAUAAUUUGACAGAGAUAUGGUUAUGGCGGAUGGGUUCAACUGGACCACCAUUGCAAGGGGGAGGCAAAAAUGAUGAAGGAGGGAAAGGUUUUCAGAGUUAUCCAAGAAAACUGCUGGAAUCCAGAGGUUCGGAUUAAAGACAUGAACAAAUCAGGAGUCACUAUACAAGCCCUUUCUACAGUUCCUGUAAUGUUCAACUAUUGGGCCAAACCUGAGGAUACUUCAGAUCUGUGCCAAUUAUUAAAUAAUGACUUAGCUGCUACAGUAAAAAAGUACCCCAAGAGGUUUAUCGGCCUUGGCACAUUACCUAUGCAAGCACCAGACCUGGCUGUGAAGGAAAUGUAUCGCUGUGUGAAUGAGCUUGGUUUUCCUGGAGUACAGAUAGGAUCUCAUAUCAAUGAAUGGGACCUGAAUGCACCAGAAUUGUUUGCUGUCUAUGCUGCAGCUGAAUUAUUAAACUGUUGUCUGUUUGUGCAUCCCUGGGACAUGCAGACAAAUGGAAGGAUGUCCAAGUACUGGCUUCCCUGGCUUGUGGGCAUGCCAGAGGAAACAACCAUUGCCAUUUGCUCCAUGAUUAUGGGAGGAAUUUUUGAAAUGUUUCCUAAACUGAAAGUUUGCUUUGCCCAUGGAGGUGGUGCUUUCCCAUAUACACUAGGGCGUAUUUCCCAUGGAUUCAAUGUGCGCCCUGAUUUGUGUGCAGUAGAUAAUAAAGUAGAUCCAAAGAAAUACCUCGGUUCAUUUUACACGGAUUCACUUGUUCAUGAUCCUCGGGCCCUAAAGCUGCUAAUCGAUGUAAUAGGAGAGGACAAAGUUCUUUUGGGAACAGAUUACCCUUUUCCACUAGGGGAACUAGAACCUGGAAAACUGAUUGAUUCUAUGGAAGAGUUUGAUAGUGGACUAAAGUGUAGAACUCUGUCCCCAACUGACAAGAUUAUUUUCUUUAUCUAGGAUGUCCCAGGUUUCUUGGAUGGUGAAGGGUAGGUUGAAACCUGGGCUUUCAGUAUUGUUGGGUGACUGCCUGGACAACCUCUUUCUAAAAGCAUUUUUAAGUCACUGGAAUGGUAAUGCAUUGCCCUUAUUCUUUCCCCUCUCAUCUGCUCAGGUUUCAGUACACUGGUACUUGUGAAGUCAUAAUCUCACUAGUUCUCUAGUCUUCCAUAGAAUCUUCCAGGGAAAGAAAGACAGAAAAUACCUGAAUUCCUAAUGUAGCUAAGCACUUCCACCCUACUUUACAGACUGAAUCUGAAAGAUGCUGAACACCAGCAAUUCUCAUGGAUAUCAUCUGUUGAACUGCAAAGGAAAAAAAUUGAGCUUGCAUCUGUUUUUGCUUCUUUAUAGUAUAUGAAAAAGUGUGAAAGGUUUGGGAGUCUUUUUAAGGGUAAGGGUUUUUUGUGUUGGGUUUUUUGCUUAUUUUACACAUUAGGUAUUCAGGUCUUAUCUAUCUUAUUUCUCCAAGACGACUCUGUGGAAGAGUACAGAAAUUCAAUGGGAGCUAAGGGUACUUAGCACCUUUUAGUAGACACUCAGCACCUCACAGCACGAGGCCCUUAGAUAGAUACAUUCCAGGGGCUAAAUAAAUAUAGUACGAAGGAAUUUAGGUGCCUAAAAUCCCAGUUUUAGGUGACACUGUGAUCCAAAACAUCUCCACUCAGUUAUUGUCUAACCCUAUAGGUGCCUAAACUCACUAGGUGCCUAAGUUUUUGCAGUAAUUGUUCCCUAGACACCUAUGUUUUUGCCUCUGGGCAUGUGCAGUGCUGCCUCACACCAGGCACCCAAACAUCUAUCUCCCACCUAAACCCCAGGUCAAUCCACGAAGCAUGGGAGGGUAGGCAUUUCUCUGCCAAUCUUGCUGUAGGGUCCAAUCUGGAAGGCAUGCUCAGAGGCUGCCUAACUUCACACAAAAACAUCGGGGUGGGGGGAAGAGAAGGA